AUGGCCGCCAGAACCACAGGAUGCCUCUCCGAGGCCUUGGCCGCGCUGAGGAUAUCGGCAACCAAGCCUGCCGUGGCCAGCAAGACCUUUACUCGAUCGAUGGUUACCGAGUCGCCAGCUUCUGACAUUACGAGAUCUGCCUCGACACCCCAGAACAUUAUCCAAUCGUGGAACCCAAUCGCCACCGUCCCCGUCACGAUUCACAACUUCCCCGAGCUCGAGCCGACAUCCCUCGAGCAGUGGUCCGUCAACCACCUCUUCCUGCCGCUGCGCCGGGACCUGCUUUACAGCGCCGUCGUCUUCGAGGGCGACAACACCCGGCAGGGCACCGCCUCGAGCAAGACGCGCUACGACGUCCACGGCUCGCACCGCAAGAUCCGUCCGCAAAAGGGCUCCGGCCGCGCGCGCCUCGGCACGCGCCAGAGUCCGUCCAUCAAGGGCGGUGGCAAGACCUUUGGCCCGCACCCACGCGAUUUCGGCACCAAGCUCAACCGCAAGGUCUACGACAAGGCCUGGCGCACCGCCCUCAGCUACCGCUACCGCCGCGGCGAGCUCGUCGUCUGCGAGGACGGCAUGGAGCUCGCCGUGCCCGAGGAUUUCGCGCGCGUCGCCCACUACUUCAAGGACGGCCUGCGUGAGGCUUACCUCGAAAAGUACAUGCGCGGCGUGCUCGCGGCGCUGCGCCUCGGCAAGCAGGACGGCCGCACGCUGUUCGUCACGGGGACACGCCGCGACUGGCUGUACGGCGCCAUGGAGAGCCUGCCGCACGAGGGCCGGGCGCUGGACCUGCCGGACGUGGACGUCAAGGACCUGCUCGAGACGGGCAAGGUCGUCAUGGAGAGAAGCGUGCUCAAGGAGAUGAUUGAGCAGCACCAGAGUGACUUGGUCACCCGUAUCGCGGUCGGUGGCUUGCCGACAACGGGCCAGCCUACCAAGGGACCUCAGAUUGGCGAGAGAGUCCUAUGA